AUGUGUGGAAAGAAUUAUACAAAAGUCUCAGAAUUUGUUCUUCUAGGAUUUGGAAACCUUGGUAAAUUAAAUGUUGUAAUGUUUAUAAUCUUCCUAAUCAUCUUUCUAUUCACUAUCACAGGAAAUCUUCUGAUUAUUGUAUUAGUAUCCAUCACCCCAGCCCUUCAGAUACCCAUGUAUUAUCUCCUAAGUCAUCUCUCAUUUUCAGACCUGUUGAUGUCAACCAACAUUCUUCCAAACAUGCUUGGCGGUUUUCUUUUUAGGGCGCAAAUAAUUACGUACUGUGGCUGCAUCACGCAGCUUUAUUUUUACAGCGCUACAACCAUUACAGAAUGUUUCCUACUCGCAGUCAUGUCCUAUGAUCGGUACUUGGCCAUCUGUAACCCUUUGAGAUAUCACAGUAUCAUGAACAUGAUGUUUUGUGUCAAUCUUUCAGUUUGGCCAUGGCUGUUGGGUUUUACAUUAAACUUUAUAGGCAUUUUGACUAUAUCAAAUUUUGACUUUUGUGCUAAUAAUGUCAUUGACCAUUUCUACUGUGACCUCUCCCCUCUUCAGAAGCUCUCCUGUUCAGACACCUAUUUGCUUGAACUUGAAGCUAUUGUCUAUUCCAUACCUACAUUUAUUUUUCCAUGUGGUUUUAUCAUGGUGACGUACAUAUGCAUCUUUCAUACUAUUUUCAGCAUACUGUCCAAAACAGGCAAACAGAAAGCAUUUUCAACCUGCAGUUCUCACCUUCUGGUGGUGGUGACAUUUUAUGGGGCACUGAUAGCUAAAUACAUGAUACCCUUUAAAGGAAACUCUUUGAUUAUCAAUAAGAUUGCAUCUUUACUUCACACUGUGUUUACUCCUUUAUUAAACCCUAUUAUAUAUAGUCUGAAGAACCAAGAUAUCAGGAAAGCACUUCAAAAACUUUCUUAG